ACCAGUUCACUUUGGUACAGCAGUGGCUUAGCGUGCAAGCAUUCCGUAUCUCCAAACACGAGGAGAACCAGAGUCGCGCCAGAUCGCAGGAAACAAUCGAAAACUCGUUGGAGUCUCAAGUUGUUCCUCUCGAGCCCGAUACAAUAGCCUAACUCGUCGGCAAAAUGGCACCGGCAAUCGGAAUCGAUUUGGGUACCACGUACUCCUGUGUAGGAGUUUUUCAACACGGCAAGGUGGAAAUCAUCGCCAAUGAUCAGGGAAAUCGCACAACGCCCUCGUACGUGGCCUUCACUGAUACGGAACGUCUUAUCGGGGAUGCGGCCAAAAAUCAGGUGGCUAUGAAUCCGUCAAACACGGUUUUCGAUGCCAAGCGUCUCAUCGGACGUCGAUUCGACGACGCAGCUGUCCAGAGUGACAUGAAGCACUGGUCAUUCGACGUCGUCAACGACGGUGGAAAGCCGAAGAUCAAAGUCGAAUUCAAGGCUGAGACGAAAACUUUCUUCCCCGAAGAAGUUUCCUCAAUGGUGUUGGUGAAAAUGAAGGAAAUCGCCGAAGCCUACCUCGGUUCCACCGUUUCGUCUGCCGUCAUCACAGUGCCGGCUUACUUCAACGAUUCUCAGCGUCAGGCCACCAAGGACGCCGGAACUAUUGCCGGACUCAACGUUCUGCGUAUCAUCAAUGAACCGACGGCCGCUGCCAUCGCCUACGGUCUGGACAAGAAGGCCCAAGGAGAGAAGAACGUUCUGAUCUUCGAUCUCGGUGGUGGUACCUUCGAUGUGUCCAUCCUCUCGAUCGAAGACGGAGUCUUCGAAGUGAAGUCCACCGCUGGAGACACUCACCUGGGAGGUGAAGAUUUCGACAACCGAAUGGUUACCCAUUUCGUGCAAGAGUUCAAGCGCAAGAACGGUGGAAAAGACAUCACUUCGAACAAGAGAGCCCUGCGUCGUCUGCGUACGGCGUGCGAACGCGCGAAGAGAACUCUUUCGUCGUCGACUCAGGCCUCGAUCGAAAUCGAUUCGCUGUACGAAGGUCUCGAUUUCUACUCCUCGAUCACACGUGCCCGUUUCGAGGAGCUCUGCGCUGAUCUCUUCCGUUCAACCCUCGAGCCUGUCGAGAAGUCUCUCCGUGACGCCAAGCUCGACAAAGGCCAGAUUCACGAGAUCGUCCUGGUCGGAGGUUCGACUCGUAUUCCCAAGGUCCAGAAGCUCUUGCAAGACUUCUUCAACGGCAAAGAACUGAACAAGUCCAUCAACCCCGACGAGGCCGUGGCCUACGGAGCCGCCGUCCAAGCAGCCAUCCUUUCCGGAGAUUCCUCAGAAGCCGUUCAGGAUCUGCUUCUCCUCGACGUUGCCCCGCUCUCGCUCGGUAUCGAGACUGCCGGAGGCGUCAUGACCACCUUGAUCAAGAGGAACACGACCAUUCCCACGAAACAGACUCAGACGUUCACCACCUACUCCGACAACCAGCCCGGUGUACUCAUCCAGGUUUAUGAGGGCGAGCGAGCCAUGACCAAGGACAACAACAUCCUCGGGAAAUUCGAAUUGGCCGGAAUCCCUCCAGCACCCCGAGGCGUGCCCCAGAUCGAGGUCACGUUCGACAUUGACGCCAACGGUAUCCUCAACGUAUCCGCCGUCGACAAGAUCACUGGCAAGGCGAACAAGAUCACCAUCACCAACGACAAGGGUCGCCUGACGAAGGAAGACAUCGAGAAAAUGGUCAAAGACGCCGAAAAAUACAAAGACGAGGACGACAAGCAGAAGGCGAAGAUCUCCGCCAAGAACGCUCUCGAAAGCUAUUGCUUCAACAUGAAGUCCACUUUGGAAGACGACAAGGUCAAAGACAAAAUCACGGACGCCGAGCGAAAAACAUGCGUCGACGCCAUCGAUGACGCGAUCAAAUGGCUCGACGGAAACCAGAUGGCCGAGAAGGACGAGUUCGAAGACAAGCAGAAAGAGCUCGAGAACCUCUGCAAGCCCAUCGUCAUGAAGCUGUACCAAGGCGGAGCGGGAGGCAUGCCCGACAUGGGAGAUAUGCCCGGAGGAGCACCCGGUGCCGGCGGAGCGUCCGGUAUCCCCACCGUCGAAGAGGUCGAUUAAAUUAAACGAAGAACAUUCAACUAGUGGUUAUAUUAUUUUCGAAUGAAAGGCCACCUAUUUGCACCUGUCAUCACCAGGGA